AUGACCCAAGAUCAUAAAAUAGCAGCAAAGCUAAAGAUUCCUAUCUGGCUCGAUUGCGAUCCGGGUCACGAUGAUGCCGUGGCUAUCUUGCUGGCCUGCUUCCUACCAGAAUUUGAGCUGCUAGGAAUAAGUACCUCUUACGGAAAUGCUGCGGCUGAGAAGACAGCUUACAAUGCACUAUCCUUGCUCACCGCCAUGGAUAAGCACAACCAGAUACCUGUCUAUGCUGGUGCUCAAAAGCCAUGGGUUCGAGAUGCCAUCUAUGCACCAGACAUCCAUGGCCACUCGGGCCUGGAUGGUACAACAUUAUUACCUGACCCAAAGGCCCCUCUAAGCACCGAGAAAACCUACAUACAAGCUAUGAGUGACGCUAUAGAAGCUUAUCCCGGGUCAAUAUCAAUUGUGUCAACCGGGUCUCUCACAUCUACAGCUACAUUACUGCGGGAAAGACCUUGCCUAAAAUCCAAGAUUAAGUUCAUCAGCAUCAUGGGCGGGGGUAUUUGUGUAGGAAAUCGGAACGAGAACGAGACCGCUGAGUUCAAUAUUUGGAUAGAUCCUCAGGCUGCCAACUUCGUUUUGGAGGAUCCAGAUCUUUCUCGAAAGUGCAUUCUAGUGCCAUUGGACUUGACGCAUAAGGCAAUUGCCACGAAGCUCGUGGAGCAGAGGGUCCUUUCUGAUGGACAUUCGAAUUUGCGGAAACUCUUUUAUGAUUUAUUCAUAUUCUUCGGCGUUAGUUAUGAGCAUGCUCAAGGUUUUGAGAAUGGGGCACCGGUUCACGAUCCUCUUACAUUAUUUCCUCUGUUGCAAUUUUACCACAUGAAAAAGCCGGAGGAGAUUGGAUUUUGUUACAGGCGGUUUGAUCUGAAGGCUAUUACUCAAGAAAGAAGUCCUGAUUUGGGGCAGACGACAGUCAUGAAAGAAUAUAGUCAAGAUAGUAAUGAGGGCACCAUUGUGGGUUUUGAUCUGAAUUUUGAUUACUUCUGGAACCAAGUUUACUACGCGUUGGAUGUUGCUUCUCAAGUGUCUACGAUUGAGUAA